AUGGCCUCCAACACCAACCCCGGAAACUUCUCCAACCGCUCCCACGAGGAGGUUCAGAACAUCGCCCGCAAGGGCGGCCAGUCGAGCCACGCCGGCGGAUUUGCGAGUAUGGAUCCGGAGAAGCAGCGCAACAUCGCCUCCCAGGGCGGCCACGCUUCCAGCGGAAGCUUCAAGCCCGGCGACCCCAAAGCCCGUGCUGCGGGACAGAAGGGCGGUUCGAAAUCCCAGUACGACCAGGAGACUCCUGAUGAGUAA